UCGGCUUUGCAGGCAGCAGGGAAAGAAAGCAGCAGACAGAGUGUUUGUGUACAGAAACGAUGGUGCAUAGCGCCUACGACCUGGUGGAGCUCGUAAAGGGCUGCAACGCUAAGGUCGAGAGCUUGGCAACAUACGGUUCUAAGAUCCUCUUAGGUUGCUCUGAUGGUUCGCUUCGAAUCUUUGUACCGACUUCCGCUCUUUCGAUCGCUUCUUCCCCCAGCAGCGGGGAUGAGGGGCUUCAGCCGUCUGAUUCCGAUAUCAAACGGGAGCCAUACGCGCUAGAGAGGGCGAUGUCGGGGUUCUGGAAGCGUGCGCCGUUGGCGAUGGAGGUGUGCCGCUCACGCGACCUUCUGUUGUCCCUCUCGGAGUGGAUCGCAUUCCACCGGCUUCCCAACCUGGAGACAGUUGUCGCCAUAGCCAAGACGAAGGGCGCUAAUGUCUACAGCUGGGACGAUCGGAGGGGAUUCCUCUGCGUUGGUAGGCAGAAAAGGGUCGGGAUCUAUAGACUGGAUGGUGGUCGUGAAUUUGUGGAGGUUAAGGAGUUUGGUGUAUCCGAUCAGGUGAAGUCUAUGGCAUGGUGUGGUGAAAACAUUUGCUUGGGGAUUGGGAAGGAAUACAUAAUACUGAACAGUACGACUGGAGCAUCGUCAAAAGUAUUCUCUUCUGGAAGGAGCAUUCCCUUAGUUGUUCCUCUUCCCUCUGGGGAGCUUAUCUUAGGAAAGGAUGACGUUGGAGUUUUUGUUGACCAAAAUGGGAAACUUCUACAAGAUGGCAGGAUAUGUUGGUCUGAGGCCCCCAGCUCUAUUGUCAUCCACAAGCCAUAUGGAUUAGCUCGCCUACCUAGGCAUGUUGAGAUACGCUCUCUUGAUGCUCCGUAUCCUUUGGUUCAGACAAUUGUUCUCAGGGAUGUUCAUCUCCUUCAACAAAGUAAUAACUGUGCGAUUGCUGCAGUAGGAAGUUCAAUUUAUGGUCUCUUGCCUGUUCCUGUUGGUGCCCAGAUUGUACAGUUGACAGCAUCUGGGAAUUUCGUGGGGGCAUUAGCUUUGUGUAAGCUACUCCCACCAGAGGAUUCUAGCCUUCGAGCAGCAAAAGAAGCCUCUAUACAUAUAAGGUAUGGGCAUUAUCUGUUUGAUAAUGGGAGCUAUGAGGAGUCCAUGGAUCAGUUCUUGGCUUCCCAAGUGGAUAUAACCUAUGUAUUAUCUUUAUAUCCUUCAAUAACUCUACCAAAGGAUCUAACUAUUGUUGAACCUGAGAAGUUUCAAGAACAGACUGAUGCUUUUUACCUAUCAAGGUUUUCUUCUGAUGUGUCAGAUGACAUGGAAUCAUCAUUGCCAUCUCAAUUCUAUGAAUCUGAUGAUAAAUCAGCAGUUGAGGAUAAGAAAACGAGUUACAACGCUAUCAUGGCACUAGCAAAGUACCUGCAGAGGAAAAGAUUUAGUGUAAUUGAAAGGGCAACUGCAGAGGUAACAGAGGAAGUUGUCUCUGAUGCUGUGCAAGGCAGCAUAACGACUUCUGAGCCAUAUGGAUCUAUGAGUUCCAGCAAGAAAAGAGGUCACCCUCAUAUCAGUUCAGUUGGAAGGGAGUUGGCAACUAUACUGGACACUGCACUUAUUCAGGCUCUGCUUCUUACUGGGCAAUUUUUGGUAGCAGUAGACUUGGUGAAAGGUCCUAACUACUGUGAUUUAAAGAUUUGUGAAGAAAUUUUGAAAGGUAGGAAUGAUUAUGAAGUCUUGUUAGAGCUGUAUAAGUACAAUGGAAUGCAUCAUGAAGCACUGAAACUCCUCCAUCAGCUUAUUGAGGAAUCAAAUUCAAGCAUUACGAGUUCUGAAUCUCAGAAUUUCAAACCAUCCAUGAUUAUUAAUUAUCUCAAGCCUCUUUGUACAACCGACCCAAUGCUUGUUUUGGAAUACUCUACACUUGUCCUAGAAAAAUGUCCAACGGAGACUAUGGAGCUUUUUCUCUGGGGAAAUGUUCCUGCUGAUUUGGUCAAUUCAUACUUAAAGAAGCACGCACCGAACCUGCAAUCUACCUACUUGGAGCUUAUGCUUUCAAUGAGUGGAAAUGGCAUCAACACAAACCUGCAGAGUGAACUGGUUCAAAUAUACCUUUCAGAAGUCAUAGACUGGUACAAGGAUCUGAAAGAGAAGCAUAACUGGGACGAGAAGAUCUACUCAUCCACACGGACAAAGUUGUUGUCAUUGUUAGAUAGCAUGCCUUCUUAUAACACAGACGCUCUUUUGAAACGCCUUCCAUCUGAUGCUCUCUAUGAGGAGCGUGCCGUUUUACUUGGCAAGAUCAAUCAACACCAGCUUGCUUUGUCUCUAUAUAUUCAUAAGCUUUACUUACCUGACCAGGCACUCACAUACUGUGAUCGUGUCUAUGAGAUGGGACCGCAACAGCCUUCAAAGUUUAAUUCCAACAUAUAUCUUACUCUGCUGCAAAUUUACCUUAAUCCACAGAGGUCAAUCAAAGAAUUCGAGCAAAAAACUUACCCAGUACCUCUACAAAAAUCUAGCUUUCAAAAAAUAACUAAAGGUAAAGGGGGCCGAGUUACAAAAAAGAUUGCUGAAAUUGAGGGAGCCGAAGAUAUGCGCAUAAGCCCAAGCAGUACUGAUAGUGGACGUAGUGAUGUGGAUGGGGAAGAAGCAAAUGAAGAAGGUGGUCCUAUAAUGUUGAACGAGGCAUUGGAUUUGUUGAGCCAGAGAUGGGACAAGAUCAAUGGUGCUCAGGCCCUUAAGUUAUUACCGAGAGACACAAAGCUUCAGAAUUUGCGUUCUUUCCUUGAGCCUCUCUUAAGGAAGUCUAGUGAAGGCCGCCGAAACUACUGUGUUAUCAAGAGUUUGAGAUACAGUGAGAAUUUACAGGUAAAAGAGGAGCUAUAUAAGCAUCGCCGCACAGUGGUAAAAAUUGAUGGUGAUAGUACAUGUGCGCUUUGCCACAAGAAAAUAGGUACUAGUGUUUUUGCCGUUUACCCAAACGGAAAGACUCUUGUGCAUUUUGUUUGCUUUAGAGAUUCGCAAACUAUCAAAACUGUGAGAGGAUCAGGUACGCCAAAGCUUAAAUAGUAGUUUCUUAACCUAAGUUCAAGUGUUCUGGCCUUAGCGCAUUUGUACGUGAGAGCUUUUGCGGUUUUUUAUAGACAUCACACUGUAAUUAUUUCAUGUUGAAUUUGGUUAAUCAUUUCAAGUCAAAUAUGUUUUUUUUUU